AACGAUACGCAUUGAUCUGAAUAAGUCAGGUGCUCGUAGAAUCUGUAUGUAAGACGGGCUUUGUUGCAAGCCCGAAGCCGAGUAAGCUGAUCCUCAAUGACGUCGAGCGGACGACCCAUAAUAUAUCAUUCCAAGCUAAGGAGGUAGGUAUGCUUCCAUCUUCUUCAACCGUCUCUCACUCCAAAGACAAUCACAGAAUGCCAGACUUCGAAAACUAUCUCAUCCUCAUAACCUGCGCUUCAGGAAAGCAGUCUGCAGCCCUGAUCCCCCAUAUCCUGAACAUGUACAAGAACAUCCGUCUUCAAUGCAACAGCUCUGCCUCAAAGCAAGAGCCCACCGAUUAUGAGACAUGGGUGAAGAUGAAGGUCGAGGAGAUCAAGAGUAAGCAGGCGUGAAUGUUUAAAGAAACAGAAAAGGGACGAUGUAUUGGGGAAAGAAAGCUGGCCUAAGAAAUAGUUGAAAGACCAUACCAAGCAUAAAACAACGCUGUCGUAACCUCAUGCGCGCUCAAGAACCCGAUCGUAUCAUUCGCUUUUCCUCUCGACUUGGAUCUCUUUCUCGUGCUGCACUUGCUUGUGCCC